CAGCUCUAACAGGUGUAUCCCAAACAGGUAAAGCUGCUCCUUCUCAUUUCAAAGGGCAAACAUGAUGGCGUGUGCUUAAAACCCAACACACAACCAAACCGAGAGGAAUAACAUUUUCCAUAAGGACUGAGUUUUUACAACCAAAACACUUUUCUUGCCGAGGACGGGACUUUGGAAGGGAUCAAGGAUGGAGGCAUGAGUCCGCCUCUGUGCCGUAUGCAUGUCUGCUGUUUAGUACACCGAUACCUGGACUGAUGAGCAUUUCAGUGGUGAAAUUGUCCCAGCUUGUGCACAGUUAACAGUAACUGCCAAGGAGAAUGACACCUCUACCGACCGGACUGUCAGUGUGUGUCUGUGUCCUCUGGAUCUUUGUAACAGGGACAUGGGGAGACUUUGUGGACGUCUCUCAAGCUAAUCCCAUACUGUCCCGGGCUGAGGAGCAGACGGUCCUGGCCUGUCGCUACCAGCCAACUGAUAAAGUGGUGGUGGUCCAGGUCACCUGGUACAAAGAGAAACCCGAUGCCACCAAGGAGCAGAUCAUCACUGCACACCAUAGUAACGGACAGACUGCGUUUGGGACCUGGCAUCAACGCGUGCACUUUAAAAGCAGCGAGCCCACCGUGGACUCGUCUCUGGUCAUCAAGAGCACGGAGGUCUCUGAUGAGGGGAACUACCUCUGCCGCAUCAGCACCUUCCCAUCAGGCAACUUUGACAGAGAGAUGUCACUCAUCGUGUGGACCGUUCCGAUCUCCUCCCUGGACCCUGUGGUUCUGGUGGAGGGACAGACCUACCGACAGGCCGCUUCCUGUCGCUCAGUGGCCCGUCCGCCUCCCCGCAUCUCCUGGGACACCGAACUCAACGGCCAGUCCGUCAAUCGCUCCUCCGACAACGGGGCGGUGUCCUCGUAUUUCUCCCUACACCCCCUCAGGAGCAUGAACGGCCAGAAGCUGGACUGUCUGGUGUGGCAUCCGACUAUGGAGGCCCCACGCAGGCUGCGGAACCACCUGGUGGUGCACUUUCCUCCACACGCGGAGAUUUCUGGCUACAAUGGAGACUGGUCCAUGGGUCUGGAGAAUGCUGCCCUGAGGUGUGUGGGUGGAGGAAACCCCAAACCGAGUUUCACCUGGAUAAGAAUCGGGGGAGAGUUGCCAGAAGGUGUCAUCCCCGACCCUAACGGAUCCCUAGUUUUUGGACGACCCCUAAGCUUGUCAGACGGCGGCACCUACCAGUGUGUGGCAAAGAAUGACGUGGGAGUCGGGAAGAUGGAGGUGGCGAUCAGUGUGGCAGAAUCUUUCCAGAAGGACAGCAUGGGCGACAACAUGCUGAUGAUCAUCAUAGGGGGCGCAGCUGGGGGGCUCCUGAUCUUGAUGCUCAUCGUUGUCAUCACCCUCACUUGUCAUCACAAACGCAAGAACAAAAAGCUGGAGCGGGAGCUCACUGUGAAGAAGGAGGAAAUAAGCACUCUCUCCAGGCAAGCUUCUUUCCGGAGAGUGAACUCUGCCAGCACAGAUGCCAGAGGAAUGACCGAGGAAAACAUCCCUCUCACGCUGGAGGGAACAAUGAUGUCCAGCCAGUCUUCCAUCAGGGACCAGGCCAACUACCGUGACAGCCGAUCUACUAUCUCAGGUGGACGGGGAGGAGGGCGGGCGUUUGAUGACCUGGGCAGGCCAGUUUUGUACAACAACUCGCAGAGGUGGAAGGACAGACCUCUGGACAGAGACGAGGACCGCAGACUCAGAGUAGAGUCAUACGUGAGAACCAGCGCUCAGGAAACUCAUUUACACCCUCCCCUGACACCAACGCCCUUCGCAAUGGCGCAGUCCAUGGAGAUCGUAAGACAGCUCAACGGCAGCGCCAUUUUCCCGGCAGACGGGGGUUCGAGGCCAGGAAGCGUCACCAAGAGUUACCAGCAGCCUCCUCUGACCAGAAACUUCCCACGUGUAACGGAUGACGAGGAUGAGGAAGAUGAAGGUUUGGGGAGUCCCGCCAGUCGGGAGCAUGCUGACGACAGGGACAGCGAGACAAACAGCUCCCAGGUGUCCGAGGCCCACAGUGCACGCUACCAGAAGACUAAUGGCACACUCAGGCCAAAAUCCCGGCAAAGCCACACUGGGGUCGGUCCCCAUGCCUCUGUGAUCCACAAGGCCCAGAUAGUUUAGCGGGCGGGUGCAAGACAUCAUGUAAAACUGCAAGACUGGCCAAGCUGUGGUCUUUAGGAGGUGGUUACAAAGCAGAUUCAGAGGUAUGACUUCAGUCAAGAAAACCAGUGCAUGGUCAGGUAUGAACAAUCUGCACCCUGACUGCUGCACCUUCUUUAUUGUGUGGGAAUAUGGUGCAAUAGGAUCAAAUCUUAAAGGGAAAACCUCCACUCUGAAGCCUUUCGUGGACAUUUCUGCGCUGUGUACUCCAGCACAGACAAAAACAAUAUCACAGCGUUUAAUCACGGACAAUAUUCCUUGCUCAUCUUUCGCAAUUCGCUAUGUAACGAACAGGUGAAUUGCAGCUGACAUGCCUUUCGUGGGGUAUGUCAAAACGUACUGUAGGAAAUCAAGAAAUGCAAGAGAAUUGUUGGAGUCUGUGGGAACGUUAGGACAUCAGCAACGUACAUUGCAACACCUCGAUAAGGAGGGAGGAUCUGUGUCAGUAACUGUGCCAGUUUCAGGUUGCAUUACACGCGGUUUGGGAUCCGAUCCAAAUGUUUCUGUCUUACCACACCGGCAACAUACCUGCACAUUGUCUCCGUAUGCCUUUGACUUUUAGCCCUGAGACAUUUUUAGCAGGUAAAAGCUUCAUACAGAUAAAACAUGACUAAACAUGUCUCAGGAUUUCUUAAUCUGUAAAUCUUUAUUAAUAUGCAAAUGAUGCUUUCAUUUUUUUUUAUAAAUAAAGAAAACUCCAAUUAUUAAAGUGAAUAUUAAGGCAUAAACAUAUGGCAAAUGAAUCAAUCAAUCUUCCCUGUUCCGGCUGCUAUGCAACAAUAGUAUUUUUAACAUAUUAAACAUCCACACACUCUAAAUAAAUAUAUCUCUGUAUAUGCACACACAUAUACAAUGGAUGAAAGCUGGGAAAAUCUAGUGCAUGUUUGUACAACUUUUUUUUAAUUGAUUGCGGGCUACUGUUAUGAAUACAUCUGGACUUUAGGACUGGAUACCAAAGAGACAAAGUAAGGCAGCCACAGUGUCUGUGCGUUGCAACUUUUCUUCUGCCAGCUGGAUUUUUUUUCAACAUCGAAGACACAAUGCCUCUCCAAGGAGAAUUUGACAUAAACCAGUACAGAUGUUUAGUAUUGUGGUAAAACCAAAGAUGUAUUGUAUAUGUGUAGAUGAAUACCAGUGGACAUGCUUUGUAUUGUGUUCUGUUACAGCCCCGAUAUGGGAAGCAAAGUGCCAUCGGGAAAAUAUGAAAAAUAUCACUUUUGCUUUUUUGGCAAAUAUGAAGUAUUAUUUCGUUCUCCACACAUGUAUUAUGCCUUACGUUAGAACAGGAAUAUGACUCUUUGGCAAAGGCGAUGUACAGUAUAUAAUUUACUGAUAGAAACAGAUAAGUGGUGUUUUUGUGUGAAUGUUGGUUGUAUUUGCUGCAGACAGUGCCUCCUGAUGUUAACUGCUGGAAAGUGCAGGGACCUGAAUGAGCCUAAUGCAAAAGAGUGAACUAUGAAAGACUCUGCAUUCCACUGUGAUUUUGGAAAAACGAGCUUCUUGGUCAAUCCCGGAUUUUCAUUAAAUGUAAGGGCUAUAUAUGGGAAUCAGCUUGAAUUAAGGGGUUGGAAAUAAAUGUUUUUUGUAAAACUU